AUGAGCGAAACAAGUGAAGACCAUUCAACAUUUUAUGAUUUUCCAUUACAAAAAAUAGUUAUAUCUAUUGAAUACCUUGUAAUUGCAGUGUUAUGUUUUAUUCAAAGUCUGAGAAUUGUUAAAAAUCAUCAUAAAUGUUGUGGAUUUCAAAAUCUUCUUAUCAUAUUUUUAAUCUGUUGGUGUUUAUUUAGAAUAUCCGAUUUGAUGAUAAGAUUCUUUCUGAUAUUAUUUACUCACCAACCAGAUGAUUUUAUUGACCAAACAACUUCUGUUGAAUGGUUAAUUUCUGACAUUCCUAGUUUUGUAAUGGUUGGUCUUCUUUCAUUCUUCAUUUAUUAUUAUUUAUUCCUUAUUCAUAGUUCUCAUUGGCAAUAUGCCAAAUUAAUUUCAAUUAUUAUCAUUAUAACAAUCAAUCUCUUUCAUAUCCUUUCAUUAAUAUCAAUAGAUAUUUCAUUAAUGAUAAAGCCAACUACAGCAGCAAUUCAUUUAACUUUUUGUUGUAGUUCAUUUGUAUAUUUAUUAGUUGUAGGAGGGUUAUUGUAUGUAUCUGUUCGGAUUUUUUUCAUUAAUCCACAUGUUUUAGAACAAUCUCACCCAAAGCCAUCAGCAAUGGGAGUUUGUGGUUUAGUUAUUUGUUUAGCAAUCUCAACCCGUUUAAUAUAUGACUUUUCAAGUGCUAUUGUAGGUCAAUCCAUUCUGUCACUCCUUUGUUCAAACGAAAGUUCAUUUUGUUCUGAACAUUUUGGAAUAGUUGUUUUCUUUUCUCAAAUUAUUGAGGUUGUUUUAAUGUCAUUAUGGGAAAUUGUUCCAUUAACAACGUUAGUGAUUUUAUUCUGGAAUAUCCCUUCGAAUAAGUCAUAUGACCCAUUCCCUCACUUCCAAUAUCUUGUUGAAGAAACAGAUGAUUCAUCAUACGUUACAUAUGACGCAACUACUCCUUUGAUUUAA